AAUUCAUGAUUGAUGAAUUUAUGAAACAGUUUUUUUUAACAACAAUUAUUUUUAAACCUAACAUACUAGAGGUUGAAAAUCUGUAGUUAUAUGAGAUCGCAGCAUAUAUGUACAUGUGUGUGUGUACAUGAUAACGAUUAAGAGGUCGGGACUAAUCGGGAUAAAUCGUGUCAAUCAAGAUUCUGGUUGAUAUUUAAAUUGAAGUUAUAGAGGUUAUAGAUUCCAAUUGUGUGUGGAUCCACAGUUAUUCAGUUGGUUUAUUUUCUAAGCAGUAGUUUCUCGCGAAAAUGAUAGAUAAUAGAAUAUAACAAAACUAAAGUGAUAGUCGAGUGAAUUUACUGCAGUACAAACGGCGCUCAUACAGAAAACUUGACAAAGCUUUAUAUGAUGUUGCACAGUGAAAUCGUGCCGCAUCAUAACCAAUGACGUGGAUAUAGGUUAGCUUUUUCUAUAAUCGUCACGGUAUCGUGCAAACAAAUAAAAUCGUCGAGUAUAUUGUGCGUGCUUCUUACAAAAGCCAUUUGUAAAUAAUGUUCGAAAUUACGGAUACACAAAAGAUUGGAGUAGGUUUGGCAGGAUUUGGAAUUUCCUUCUUGUUUCUCGGUGUAUUACUGCUGUUUGAUAAAGGCUUACUCGCCAUUGGAAAUCUUCUAUUUAUUUCGGGUUUGGCAUGUGUAAUUGGACCAUGGAGGACUUUAAAUUUCUUUUUUCAAAGACAUAAAAUGAAAGCUAGUGUCUCGUUCUUAGGAGGUGUUUUUGUGGUACUUAUGGGUUGGCCCAUUAUAGGCAUGAUUUUAGAGACCUAUGGUUUUAUACUGCUCUUCAGUGGUUUUCUACCAGUAGCAAUAAAUUUCUUACGAAGAGUACCUAUAUUGGGAACUAUACUAAACAUGCCUGGUCUCAGUCGGAUUCUGGAUAUGAUAGCAGGUGACUCUAAUAGAACAACUGUAUGAUAAGACCAUUCAUAUCUUUUUGCUUAUAUGUAUAUAAAAUGUUCUCAUGGUGUUCCAUCUUUUUUUUGUCAUUCCCAUUUUAGGAUGUCAGUUGUCAAAUUCAGAUCUUUGUACAAAAACGUAAAAUUAAUUUACCUCUUACAAUGCCAAUGUGUAAGAAAAUAUCAAUAAGUCUAGUACAAUUAAUUUAUGUUUGCAAUUAAUGUGAUUUGUGUGCUACCUGAUUACGUCAAGGAUGCGAUUGGUUAUGUAAAGCAUUCCAUAACUUUAUAUAUAUGAACUUUUUGUAUAAAUGACAAUUUGAAUUUUGUUAACUUGGCGAUAUUCGCAUCUAUAUAUUGGUUGAAGUUGAUAGUGGCCAAAAGCAUAUCCUUUUCUUGACCAGGUAUUUAAUAAAUGUUUACAGUGAGAUAAUAAAUGAAUGUGUAUGUGUUAUAUAUUAAUAAGAAGUUUUACAUAUUGAGACAGAUGUAUUACCUUAUACAAAAUCCUCUUAUAAGUUUCCAAGGAAAUCAGAAUUUUCACACAUAUUCAGAAGCACAUGUCAAAUCAAUACUAGUCUUGAAUUGAAAAUUGAAAUACACAUGUAUCUAUCAUCUACAAGCCUAAUCUAAAACUUUACACUUUAAUUAAAUCUAUAAUUCAAUGAGAAUUUGAUUCAAACAUACUAUGAAGAAGCCAACUCAAAAUUUUUUUCUUUAAUCAAAUUCUCAUUAAUUUCUAGGAAGGAACAAGAUUCCGAAUGUAUGAAAUUUUAUAUCAUUUUUAUUGAUCUGCUGCUUCCCCUGCAUCUGCAUGCAUCCUAACAUGAACAGAUUAGAUGCAUACAUUCUGAGUAACGUUUUUCUUCUUACACAUAGUCGUCUGAAGUGCGAAAUUAAAUUAUCGUCUAUCGAAGUUCGACAGACUGGUUGAUAUUAUCAGAAAAUGAGAAGUUUAUUACUUAUGAAUUAUCUACAACGGGCCGAGAGUAAGGCGGGGGGCGGCCCAAGCUACGCGCCCCGCCAUCGCCGUAAUGACGUCGUCGUCGCGCGUCCGCCUCUCUCACUGACUUCACGUGCGCUGACUCAGAUUUCUCUAGGCAAUGAUACUUUCGAUACUUAGGCUAUGUUUCAAAAUCACUGACAGCGCUCAAAAUCUAUAGUAUAUUUAACUACAUAAAUUAUAGUUUUUCAGCGCUGGCAGUGAAUGUUGGAACGCAGCCUUAAUAUUGCAAUUGGCCUAUUUAUGGAACGUUUUCAGGUAAUCGUGAUCACGAUUUUUGGUUGUCGUGACUUGCUCGAACUUGACAAUUCUACUUGUCUUUUUAAUUCGUUCUCAACUGUAGUGUAAUAUGAAAAUACAGCACGUAAUGCCUGUCAGCCGCUGCGGGAAAAUACUGAAUCCGGCAAUAAAUUAAGCAGAUUCUCUUCUAUGUUUUUUCUUUUUUUUACCUUUUUACGUUUACAAUUUCUGCCGAGUUUCAUGCAUUUUACGAGCUGCUACCGAACGUCCUCAGCCUGAAUUACUUGUUCGUUAGAACUGACAGCGAGUCUCAUUGUCCGUCAGUUCGGAAUUUGCUAUCAAAUCAGAUGGUGUAGGUAAUAAUGACGAUGUUUAUGUUCGAUGAAAGUAACGAGACGAGGAUCCCAUUUAGCAUUUUAAAGG